GGCACAAAACCUUCUGAACCCUGAUCCGUGUUGGUGUUGAUUUUUGAGGUUAUAUUCCUGGUGAUAAUUUCUUUUUGUUAUUUUUUCUUUAUUCGUAUUGUAUAUUAUAGUAAAAAAUAAAUGUGUUAUUAAACAAAAAUGUCAUUUCUCUGUCGCAAUAUUUUCAAUAAAUUAGGAAAAUACGUAAACGUAAACGUAACACCUCGAUUUUGUACUAUUGUUGAUAAUCAAUGUUUAGAAGCAGAAAAAAUAGAACCGAAAAUUUCACUGACAGAGGCUAUUAAAUGUAGUAAUUUCUUUCAUAAACCCCGGCAAGUGUGGAUCGAAAGUUUAAAAACAAUACCAGACAAAAAAUUGGGUAUUGCUCAUUUACAUCCUGAUAUUUUUGCCGCCCAACCACGAGUAGACAUAAUUCACGAAAAUAUCAGAUGGCAAAGAAUGUUUCGAUUUGUGUCUUAUGCACAUACGAAAACACGUGCUGAAGUUAGGGGAGGUGGUAGGAAACCUUGGCCGCAAAAGGGUUCAGGAAGGGCACGACAUGGAAGUAUACGUUCGCCUUUAUGGCGUAAAGGAGGAAGAAUUCAUGGACCUCGUUCGCCGACGACACAUUUUUAUAUGUUACCAUUCUUCAAAAGAGUCCACGGACUUACUUCUACAUUGACAGUGAAAUUAGCUCAAGACGAUUUACACAUUGUGUCAGAUCUUGAAAUUCCCUCCGAAGAAACCUCGUACAUUGAAGAUAUUAUUAACGAAAGAAAUUGGGGACCUUCUGUUCUAUUUGUCGAUGAUGCGGAUUUUAUGCCUAGAAAUAUUUCAAUAGCCACUGAAAAUUUAAAACACGUUAAUUUAAUGCCUGUUUAUGGAUUGAAUGUCUACAGUAUGUUGAAGCACGACACUCUAGUUUUAACUGAACGAGCUGCAAGACUCAUUGAAGAGAAAUUACUCUUUCAACUUAAUAGAGCCAAUCACGGAAACGUAGCUUCGAAAUUCAAACUUAACCAGCAAUAAUAAGUGUUUUGAAAAUUUUUAUAUUUCAGUUUUCUAAUAAAAAUUACAUACCUAGAUUUUAAAAUAUUUAUCUAAAAAAAAUAUUGAAAAAUAAAAAUUUUUAUGACAACUUACAAUA